AUCUCCAUGAUAGGCUUCGCUGUUGGCCUGGGAAAUAUCUGGAGAUUUCCAUAUUUAACCUAUAAACAUGGGAGCGGUGCCUUUCUCAUUCCCUAUUACCUGAUGUUGGUUUUAUGUGGAAUUCCUCUUUUCUUCUUGGAGAAUGCCAUUGGUCAGUUCUGCAGCCAAGGUCCAGUUAACAGUUGGAGAGCAGUGCUGAUACUGCAGGGUGUUGGCCUUUCCGUGGUUUUAGUAACCAGGUUUAUGUCAAUUUACUACAACCUCAUCAUCGCCUACAGCCUGUACUACAUGUUCGCCUCCUUCCAGUUUCUUCUGCCGUGGUCCAGCUGCCUCAGUCUGCCUGACAGUAACUGCAGCACCACGCCUCAAGUGUACUGUAAUGUGGUUUAUUUUACAGCUACGUUUCCGUAUGUGUUGAUAUUGAUCCUGCUGAUCAGAGGUAGGACACUAGAGGGAGCCAGAGACGGGAUAGAGUUCUACAUUGUUUCCCAAUCCAAUUUGACUAAACUGACAGAAGCACAGGUCUGGAAGGAUGAAGCAACUCAGACCUUUCAAUUGGAAUUGCGACUCUUGUUUCUUAUAGCAACUUCCAUAACAACAUCUACGAGUGUAUUUGCAGGCUUUGCCAUUUUCUCAAUUUUGGGUCAUAUGGCCCACAUCUAUGGAAAGCUUGUUGCAGCAGUGGUGAAGGAAGGAUUUGGCCUGGCAUUCAUUGGGUAUCCAGACACCUUGGCUAAACUUCCCAUUUACCCUCUUUGGUCCAUCUUGGUUUUCUUUAUGUUCAUCAUAGUUGUCCUGGACUCUCAGUUUACAUGUUUAGAGGUGAUCACAACCUGCCUGUCGGAUGCUUUCCGUGAAAACUUCAAAUCCAAACGUACCUCAUUGACUAUUGGGACAUGUGUCACUGUCUUCCUCUUGGGCCUGCCAUGUGUCACAAGG